AGGUAGGCAGCGAAAGCUUACUCCUGUUAUGGUUCAUGAAAGAGGCUGAAGCUUUUAAAAUCAAUUUUAAACCAUCUCUUCAUGACCUGUUACCAUUUCAGGUGUUGGAAGGAGCUGUAUGAGGGUGACCUACCCAGACAAGAGAGUUUGGAACCUUUGGAAGGGUCUUCAGUGGAAAUUGUGGAAAAAGUGCUUUCCAGUGGACAGAGUGUUAAAGAAGUAUUCUGGCAUUCUUCUAAGGACUUCAAGGACCUGAAGCAUGAGUUUACUAAUCGAGUUGAAUAUGUGAAGCAAGACAGAAACUGCACUCUGAAAAUGAACCAGCUGAGAAAGAAAGACUCUGGAGAAUAUCGGCUUAGAGUAGUUUAUACAUCUAACCGAAUCUCGGGUAGACCUGGAGUGGUUCUUAAUGUUACAGAUCUGCAGGUAAGACUGAGUCACUAUGCAGGGUCAUCAGAAGAACGGACGACAGUAACGCUGAGCUGCAUCACCUCCUGCACUCUGUCCAACAGCCCCACUUACCUGUGGUACAAGAACAGACAGCCUGUUACUGAUAAACUCACCAAACACAACAAACUCUACCUCUUCUUCAGCGAAGAUGCAGGGAACUACUCCUGUGCUGUGAAAGGACGUGAGGAUCUUCGCUCUCCUGAACAAACUGUUAGACAGAACCAAGCUGUAGUGUGGAAGCUGUAUGCUGUAUGGGGAGCUGCUGCUGCACUUGUUCCUGCUUCUCUCUCUUCUUAUCGCCGUCCUGUGUGUUAAGAGGAAGAAAAGAGCAGAAAGAGACAUUCAGCUACUGAGAGAACUUUUCACUUCGUGUUUUAAUCUUCUUAAAGUUCCUAUAAAUCUGUUAAUAAAUAAAAACUAAAGAGGUUUUCUCUUCAAUUCUCUCAGUGUGUUCCAACGCCUGGAGAUGACACAUACACAGCGCUGAACCUCAUGACUGUGUCCCCAGAAUAUGACACACUGCAAGUAAGUAUACAGUCUUUCUACCUGUGUGUGUGGGUGUGUAUGAAGGAGAGUGUGUUGAGUGUGUGUGUGUGUGUAUGUGUGCACGUGUGUAUUGUUUCUUUAAAUUCUCAUGUCCCCACUAGAAUAUUAAAAGCUCUGCCAGUGACACUUACACCACCCUGAACCCUGCACCCAUGUGCUCUGAUUAUGAUACACUGAGGGUAAGUAAGUGUGUGUCUGCAUGCGUCUGCGUGUGUCUGCAUUUGAUGUUCCAUAUGCUGAAGUUUAAUUCAAUCCAAACACAAAGUCAACAGUCUUACAACAUGUUUCAUGAAUACGCAAAUAAUAGGCCAAAGGCUCAUAACAUACGCACAGAGAAUAAAACUUUACAUUGGACAGUAUUGCUUUUGUCUUAAUUGAGGGUCUGGUCUUAUUUGUCUUUGUUUCUGGAUUUGUGUUGGCUUGCUUUCUUUAAUUGUUUUUAAUAUCGGAGAUUUUAACUUGUAUAUGAAUAUACAUAAUGUGUAUAUGUAAGUGUAGUAAAGCGUGAUGUUAUAUGUUUUGAAGUCAAUUUAGGUUUACAUUAGGUUUUUUUCAUGAAUAAAAUUACAAUCAGGAACAUGAUAAGGAUAUAAAUGUUUUCUCCCAAAUUAUAGGAUUGUCAUCAGUACGACAUUUUAUCUGUAAAUGCUUCUGUGAACAAAUGAAAUCAUUUUCAGUGUGAUAAAUACACCCACGGUGUGUGUACUUAUGUGUGUGUGUCUGUGCAUCUGUGCUGCCAUUGAUAGAGUUUUUACUUCUCUAAACUCUUACACCAACAUUAUUAUUUAUGGCAUUAUUUAUAUUUUAUAUACAUUAUUUUAACAUUUAUUUACAUAAUUACAUAUGUAAUUAUGUAAUAUAUUAUUUACAUAUUUACAUAGCAUUAUUACAUAUUUUAUCU